AUGAAACAGAAGAGAGGUGGAAAAUUCAUCUUUGAAGGAAAGUUCCCCUUGAUCAAAUUCGAAAUUUUUGAAGAAAGUGAUCAGUCGAAAUCAGAAGAUCAAUCCAUCCCUACAGAGUCUGAAGACAUUGUGCAUUCAACCUAUGAACCAGAAUUUGAGGAAAUUCAUGAUUCUCCUACAGCCACAGUGGUGGAGGAACAUGAUCAUCAUAAGGAGGAUGAAACUAAAUCUUCCCAUGAGGAUGAUGAUGAUUAUCUCUAUGGUGAUGUAGAAUUUUUGAAGGAAAUUGACUUCACAGGGUUCAGUGAUGAUAUCCCGACAAACAUUGAGCUUGAUCUUAAUGAUGAAGAAUUUGGUCUUCAUCCAGGAUUCCCCAACAGCUGCCUUAAUAAAGUCAAUGAAGUUUCCUCUUCGGCAACCAAGACUAGGGAAGAAGGAAAUGCUCUCAAAAUUCUGCUCUCCACGACCAAGACCAUGGAGGUUGCGUCAAGUCAAGGAGAAGGAAAUGCUCUCAAAAUUCUGCUCUCCACGACCAAGACCAUGGAUGCCAGGAUUCGUGAGAUCCUGCAUGAUAAGGCUUAG